CUCAAGGUGCCCUGCUAUGCAUUUGACCCCAAUGGGAAGAAGCACGACCUUAAUCCCCUCAUUAAGAUCACUGACGGAUACCUGGUUGAUGACUCAGAUGAUGAACAAGACUUCUACAUUAAUAUUUGCCGCAGUUUGAACGGUCCUCAGUCAGCAUGUCCAGAGGGCUCAGCUGCCUGUUUGACCACCAAAGGAGGGUCUUAUAACAUGGGCUUCCCAUCCAGCCAGCUGGAGCUUGUGGACAAUGACAGAUUAAAGCUGAGAUAUGAAGGAUCCACUGACAACAUCCCAGAGUCUGUCUGUAACGGGCACACGCCUGCUGUCACCAUCACGUUCAUCUGUCCAUCACGGAGGCAGGUGGGCAACCUUCCGAAGAUGACGGCCAAAGCCAACUGCCGCUAUGAGAUUGAAUGGCUGACUGAGUACGCCUGCCACCGGGACUACCUGGAGAGCCACUCAUGCAAACUGACCAGUGAUCAGCAUGACAUCUCCAUCGACCUCACCCACCUCACCCGUGGCAAGGGGGAAGAUCUCUACCACACUAUGAGUGGAGACGGCUACAUCUACUACCUAAACGUGUGCGGGGAGAUCAGUGCUGGGGUCUGUGGGGACGCCACGGGGUUCGUGUCCGCGUGCCAGCUGAAGGAGGCUGGAGACAUGAAGAAGAUCGCAGGGAGAUACAGAAACCAAACCCUAAGAUACUCGGAUGGCGACCUCACAUUAACCUACCCAGGAGGGUCCAGGUGUAGCUCUGGCUUUCAGAGAAUGACCAUCAUAAACUUUGAGUGCAACGAAACUGCCGAAGACGAUGGCAAAGGUGCCCCGGUGUUCACAGGAGAGGCCGACUGCACAUAUUUCUUUGAGUGGCACACUGCUUACGCCUGUGUCAAGGAGAAAGAAGACCUUUUCUGCCGCGCGACAGCGGGCAAGAAGCGCUUUGACCUCUCCACCCUCACACGAUUUCCUGAAUCGGACGGCCUUCAGAACUGGGAGGCAGUAGAUGCCAGUGCUGCCGAGUCUGACAGGAAGCGCGUUUACCUCAACGUGUGUCACAAAGUCAUCCAGCAGGGGGACACGACAGGUUGCCCAGAGGACGCUGCGAUCUGUGCCAUCGACAAGGACAAAAAACACACGAGUUUGGGCAGCUUCCUGUCUGCGCCUCAGAUGCAUGGCGACAGGAUUCGCCUCAUCUACACGGAGGGAGAUGUCUGCAGGCCGAACGUCAAGAUCAGGACCAUCAUCUCCCUGAAAUGCAAGCCAGGAGAUUUGGAGAGUGCCCCAGUUGUGCAGAGUGUGUCCAGUGAUGGGUGUAUUUACGAGCUGGAGUGGUACACGGCUGCAGCCUGCGUCCUCUCCAAAACUGAGGGAGAUGACUGCAAGGUAUCCGACCCACAAGCAGGCUUCUCCUUCGAUUUGUCUCCUUUGCGCAAGGCCAAAGAGGAAGGCUACUCCCUGGCUGGGGAGAAGUAUAAUUACCACAUUAACGUGUGUGAGGGAGUCUCUGCUGACAAGUGUCCUGCCAAAUCAGGGGCCUGUCAAGUGGAAAAAAGCGGCAAUAGCUGGAGCCUGGGUGAGUUCAAUGGCAAGUUGUCCUACUACGAUGGCAUGAUCCAGCUCAUGUACAAGAACGGCUCAUCCUACAACAACCCACAACACACCCGCCGCUCCACGGUCAUCUCCUUCCUCUGUGAUCUCGAGGCAGGCAUGGGCAAACCAGAGUUCCAGGCGGAGGACGAGUUCACCUACAACUUCCGGUGGGACACUUCCCUGGCGUGCCCAGAGAGGCCCCAGGAGUGUUUGGUGACAGACCCCAUUACUUUCAAACAGUAUGACCUGUCUAGUCUAUCCAAGUCUGGCAGGAAUUGGGAGGUCAUGGACUCGUCUCAGGUCACGAACCGCAGGAAGUACUACAUCAAUGUGUGCCGACCCCUACAAGCCGUGCCAGGCUGUGACCGCGCCGCCUCUGUCUGUGAGAUGACCUACCAGACGGCUGGAGCCGAGAAAGUCUCCAUCAGUAAUAUGGGUGUAGCGAAGAAAGGACCGAUCAUCCAAGAGACAGACCACCUUCUUUUGGAGUACACGGAUGGGUCUGUGUGCGAAUCAGACGGCGUGAAAACCACCUACACCACCCGCAUCCACCUAACCUGCGCUAAGAGAGCUCUGUCCUCGGGCCCCCGCUUCGUCGGCAACCAGAACUGCAUCGCCAACUUCAUGUGGUUCACCAAAGCAGCCUGUGCCAUUGAGAAUGCCAAAGACACCAACCAGUCCUGCACCAUAACAGACCCCAGCACAGGCUUUGAAUACGACCUGAAUCCCCUGGCCAGGGAAACUGGAUACUGGAUACAAGCAGAAGGCAUUGGCAGAAAUUUCUCGCUGAAUAUCUGUGACCCGGCCCCUCACUGUGGGACUGUGGGAGGCGUGGCGGCGGCUGGUUGUGAGCUGGAAGAGGGGAAGCCAGUGGGACCAGUGGGCGUGGAGAGGUCCCUGGAGUUCUCCACGGAGGGCCAGCUCAAACUCACCUACAAAGGAGACCGGGAUGAACCCACAGGCAUUAGGAACACCUUCACUAUUAGUUUUGUGUGCGACACGGAUUCUGACGGCUCCCUGAAGUUCGUGAAGACUGAGAUGGGCACAGGUGCUCUUGUGAUCCAAGACGUGUUCUUUGAGUUUGCCACUCCUCUGGCCUGUGUGCCCGCCACCGUGGACUGCCAGGUCAUCGAUUCCCAUGGAAACGAGUAUGACCUGAGUGACCUGAGCAGGGAUGACGGCGCCUACAGGCCCAUCGACACCUCCGAACAGGCCAAAUCACAGAAGUUCUACCUCAACGUCUGCAAGCCUCUCCCUCAUGUUAAAGACUGCCCUGCUGGAGCGCUGGGGGCGUGUGCCGUCAUUAAUGGCCGAGGGCUGAACCUGGGCUAUGUGCAGUCCAGCCCCCAGCCAGCGUCCGAUGGGUCCAUCAGCAUCGUCUACCAGGGGGGAGACCGCUGUGGCACGGAGGGACGCCACUCCACCCGCAUCAUCUUCAUGUGUGACAACACCCUUGGUUCCCCCAUUUUUGACCGCAAGGACGGCUGUGAAUAUGUAUUCAUCUGGAGGACAUCUGAGGCUUGUCCUGUCCAGAGAGUACAGGGUGAGAAUUGUAAAGUCCAAGACCCCAGAAGUGGCCACGAGUUUGACCUGAGCUCACUGUCGGGGAAAGACUACAUGGUGACGAGUGGCCAGUAUGAGUACCACUUUGCCGUCUGCGGCGGUCUGUCACCUGGGGUGUGCGAGCACAAAGACCCAUCAAAGGACGCGGUGGCUUCCUGUCAGGUGGAGGCCAACACCCACACUCACAGAAUUGCCGGGCUUGCCACACAAACCCUGACCUAUGAGGACGGACUCAUCAUGAUCAACUACACACACGGAGAGAAGUGCCACAAGAUUUACGAGCGCUCCACCGCCGUCCUCUUCACCUGUGACGCCAGCAAGUCCUUGGGGAAACCUGAGUUCGUGAAGGAGACGGCCGACUGCACGUAUAUGUUUGAGUGGCACACGUCUCGGGCCUGUCUGCCUUUCAAAACCAUCACCUGCGCCUACAAUGAUGGCAGUGGCAACUUCUACGACUUGUCCUCCCUGUCCCGCUCCUCGCUGACCAUGGCCAGUACCAACUGGUUGGUCGUGCCUCACUCCAGCGUCGGUCAGCGCUACUACCUCAACGUCUGCAAGUCCCUGGUGCCACAGAGCGGGUCCUGGGCCUGUCCGUCCUCGGCGGCAGCCUGCCUGAAGACCGCAGAUGACCAGUACAUCAGCCUGGGUGAGCCCAAGACGGAUAUGCAGUGGGACAAGAGCGUGCUGGUCCUGAGGUACAUCGACGGGGAGCUGUGUCCAGACAAGGUGCGCAACAGGACCACCAUCAUCCGCUUCAAGUGUGACAAAACCAAAGAGGACUCUGAGCCCACGCUCACCACGGUCAUAGAGGAUUGCGUGUACACCUUCGUCUGGCUCACCGCGGCCGCCUGCCCUCUCAACGCCAGCCAUCACGGCGAGUGCCGCGUCACCAACCCAGCCACCGGUCACGUUUUCGAUCUGAACACCCUGAACAAAGCAGGAGGAUACACCGUGUACGACAAUGAGGACCGUAACACCAUGAUCCGGCUCAGUGUGUGCUCCGAGAUGAAGAAUGCGGGCUGCGCAGAUGGAACAGCUGUGUGCAUUAAAGACCGCAAAACUGCGGUGAAUGCGGGGAAGGUCAGCAGGAAGUUGUCCUACCUGGACCAGGUGGUGGAGCUGACCUAUGAGGGCGGAGACGAGUGUGCGGCCAAUCGCAGCCUCCGGCACAAGAGCAUCAUCAGCUUUGUGUGCAAAGACGGGGCAGACGCUGGCGAGCCUGUACUGGUGGCCACUGACAAGGACACAUGCACCCACUACUUCUCCUGGCACACCUCUCACAUCUGUGAAAAGCAGGUGAGGUGCUCUGUAUGGAACAGCACAACCCUGAUCGACCUGAGGCCUCUGAUACACACCACUGGCUCCUACCUGGCCACCGAUGAGGACCUGGACAAGGAGAACUCCCCCGACUUCUACAUCAACAUCUGCCAGCCCCUCAACCCCGUCCCCGGAGUCCUCUGCCCCCCAGGAGCUGCAGUGUGUAUGGACCCCGACAGCGGCCAGCCCAUUGAUAUAGGGCGAAUCACUUCAAAAUCCACCCCAGAAUACAACAGCAACACGGGCGAAGUGGAGAUCGUCUUCGAGAGCAACACACCCUGCAGCCAGAACACGUCCCUGAACUACACGUCCAAAAUCAUCUUCAGCUGUCAGACGGGCACUGACCUGGGUGCUCCCAAGAUGAUCAGGAGGCAGCAGUGCAUGUACAUGUUUGAGUGGGCCACCCCCGUUGUGUGCCCAGAGAUCUUGACCACCGAUGGCUGCUCUCUCCACGUCUCCCAGCUGCAGUAUACCUUCAACCUGACCUCUCUGUCAGGGGCUGUGCAGGUGCCCACUAACUCCAGCGUCUUCAAGAUAAACGUCUGCGGGACCAUUCCCGACUCUGCCUGUCAGAACAGUGCUGUGUGCCAGCUGAAGGGUGCCCAGGGCGUGUCCUUUGGCAACAGCAAAGCCAUGAGCCUGGACUACAAGCGCGAGGACCAGACCGUCAUCAUGACCUACGCCGGCGGGGAUCUGUGUCCUCCAGUGACGGAUAAAGGGGAGCUGUGCGUCUUCCCAAUGAAGUACAUGACAGAGACUCUCACCUCGUGCACCACCUCCGGCAUGACAGACGGACGCCUAUGGUGUGCCACCACCAGUGACUACAACAAGGACAAAAAAUGGGGCUACUGCCCUCCUGUGACGGCGAAGCGCCAGACCACCAUCUUGUUGUCGUGUGACCGUACGGCGGGGCGCGGCAGCCCCCAGCUGCUGAGUGAGACACAGGGCUGCUCCAGCACCUUCGAGUGGCGCACCAGCGCCGUCUGCACCCCCAAGAAGGUGGAGUGCCAGCUGGUGAGCCUCCACAAGACCUACGACCUGCGCACGCUCUCCUCCCUCACCGAGCCCUGGAAGUUCAGCAGCAGCGGCGACCAGUAUUACAUGAACCUGUGCCAGAGCAUCCACGGGGGGCUCACGGACUGUCCAGAGGGGGCCACAGUGUGUCGCAGGAGCAAGGGGAAGACCCAGACCCUCGGCCUGGUCCACACCCAGACCCUGGAGUACCGUGAGGGCAAGAUCCAGAUUAACUACACGAUGGGAGAUGCCGUAUGUGGAAGUGACCUCCGUGCCAAAACUAUUAUUCAGUUGACGUGUAGCAACAUAAAUGGCCUUCCGAAACUCCAGAGAGAGGACCUGGCAGCCUGUGAGUUCUGGUUGGAGUGGGAGACGCGAGCAGCCUGUGCUGUUCAGCAGCAAGAGGUGGAGAUGGUGAACGGCACAAUCACCGUACCAGACACAGGGGCCCGAUUCAACCUGGGGGCCCUUUACACCAGAUUGCACCAGGCCGCAGGAGACAUCAGGCCCAAUGGCGACCGCUACGUCUACGACAUCCAGCUGUCCGGCAUCACAGACAGCUCGGUCAUCAACUGCAAGGGGGCCUACAUUUGCCAGGUGAAGACUAACGGCAACUGGCACCGUAAGAUUGGCUCCUCCAACAAGGCCCAGUACUACAUCAAAGGUGGGAAUCUGGACGUCCUGGUCCCGUCUGAGUCGACCUGUGGACGGGCCAAGACUCACAUGGCCUCGUCGGCCAUCCUCUUCCACUGCAACCCGGAGGCUGGCGAGGGCAUCCCAGAGUUCCUGCUGGAGACCGACCUGUGCCAGUACCUGUUUGUGUGGCACACCUCCAGAGUGUGUGAGCUGUUCAGCUCAAAAGAGCACGUCAUUGAUGGCACCGGGAAGGAUUCACAGUCUGAUGGUCUGUCCGGGAGAAGCCAAGCUCUGGGAACAGUGCUAAGUUUGUUACUCAUUGGGCUCACGUUGUGUCUGCUCGUCCUACUUCUGCAUAAGCGAGAGAGGAGGGAGCUUGUGAUGAAGAAAGUAACUGGCUGCUGCAAGAGAGGAAACCCAGUGGCCUACAAGUACUCUAAGGUGAACACCGAGGAGAACGGGGAGGAGGAUGAGAUGGAGUGGCUGAUGGAGGAGCUGGAGGCCCCGGGAGGCAAGGAGGGGCGCCACGAGAACGGCCACAUCACCACCAGGCCGGUAAGCGCUGAGGCGCUGCGCUCGCUCCCACUGGACGAGGCGGACAGUGAGGACGAGGUGCUGACGGUGCCGGAGGUGCGCUUGCACAUCGCCCGCGCCAAGCCCCGCACCCGGCCCCUGCCUGCCCUGCUGCGGGCGGAGAGCGACGAGGACCUGGUGGGGCUCCUGGAGGAGCAGGAUCGGCGCAGCAGCAGCAGCAGCAGCAGCAGCAGGCCCAAACCACGCAGCGGCGGUGGGCACAGGGCACACAGGAGCCGGCCCGAGCUGACGACGGACGACAGCGACGAGGACCUGCUCAAAGUGUGAAGGGCUGAUCUCCCCCCCCCCCAACACACACACACACACACACACACACACACACACCAAAUGUCUCCCCACACACUCAGAAGAAAGAAUAUGUACAGAUACAGAGACGUUUAGGAUUCCCCUCACUGCUUUCUUUUGAUUCUAUUUUUUUCCUCUCAAAGGGAACUGUAUUUAUCACUAUGCUGCGUCUCGCGGUGGCUACAUUUUGUAUUGCUUUCGCCCUUUCAGAAGAAACGAUGCCUUCCUCUUGAAAACUGCUUUCAUCGAAUGAUAAUUGUUUAUAAUGCUUGGAAAUGAACAUUAAUGGACAGAAUGUUUAUUGUUUGUUUCAUUUGGCCACGUAUAUCCAUCCAGUCCUUUCUUACUUUUAUUUAACUUUCUGGUAAUUCAUGUGGUUUAUUUCUUUUUGUUUGUUUGUGAAUUUGUUUGUUUUUUUGCAACUGGGAUUUUCCUACAGCACAAACUCUUUUUGUGAGGCCUGUAGAGAGAGCAUUGGCCUCUAGUUUGUACAGAUGAUGAACCUAAUGGAAACUUCUCAGUGUAUGGAUUGAAUCCAGUGCUCUGUAGCAGUGUAUUUUGCAUAUCCAGCGUCACUUUGGUACUCCAUUUUGGUCCUGCGGUCAGUCUCUCUGAAUGCCCUCAGACUCCUAUUUAUCAGACGGCUGCUGGAUGACCCUGUUGAUUUGCUUUUGUACCCCAAUGUCUGUUAGCACAUAACUUAGCUAUUUCUACUCCAUACAUCGCGCAUGUUGGGAGUCUCUUCACCAUGAAAUGUUUCCGAAGAAAGGGAUUUGGCCUCGUGCUUCAGCGCCGCCUCUGAUGCCAAAAACAGCGAGAUGUGAAAGCCAGAACAGCAGUAUCCACAUUAAGAGCUUUAGUGCCAUGAAGGGCGCUUUGUGCUCCUUUAAUGCUGCAGGAGAUCAUAGCCUUUAGUUGCCAUAGACUUUUAUUUUUUAGUUGUUGUGAAUUUUGUUUACAAUCACAGUGUGAUGGAAAUUAUUCUAUGAUUAUUGCGUUCUUUUAUAAGUUUGUAUUUAUGAAGAAUUAAAUAAGUUCGAAUACAAGCGGGCACAUGCAAUUUGGCUAUGGAAGUUUGAAAUCACAGUGCGCAGGACUUAGUUGCAGUUCUUUUUCUCCUACGUGUUUAUAAGAUUGAUUGUGGGAAAAAAUAUAACUGAAAUGUGUUUGUUAAUUGUUCAAUUGAGGUUUCUCACCUAACCAACCGUGCCUCAUGAUCUAUAAUGGCACCCGUGAAAUUUUUUUGCUACGUUAAGUUGGGCUGUUUAGCUACUGGUACCUAAGUGAUGGUUUAUGAUUUUUUUUUAUAUUAUUGGUUUUUAUGUGGCUGUCACCAACUGCUCAAUCACUCCAACAGUAUUUCAUUAGGGAUUUUUUUUAAACUACAUUUUGUUCCACCUACUCAAAUAACUCCAAUGGGACAUCUGUAAUUCCAUUAAUUUGCCAAAAGCAACAUAAAAGAUUGCAUGUUUCAACAUCAGUAUAUUUGAUAUAGUUGUCAAAGACCUGUGUUUGGGUAUUUAAAGAUUUCAGUGUAUGAAAUGGGUCUUUACAAAGAGGGUGAUGAGGCCUCAUCGCUCACUGAAGUAGAUCAAGGAGAAAGCCUCAUCUAUCCCUCCUGAUGCAUCACCCCUUCCUGAUCAGCAAGAUGAGUGAGUUUUAGAAACGAAACUGAAUGUCAGUGGACUUCCACCAACAGUGAAGGAGAAGAGCCUCCCUGACUGGUUGUGUUAGUUGGGAGGUUUAUCAGCUGAAGGCACUUUAUGGUGUGAAAAGCCCCCCCCCUCAGGAGCUUGUGGGUCUGCCAGCUCUCAGGUCGUCAGGCAGACUGGACGUGGGGUGGGGGUCUGCCACACGGAAGCUUCUCUGUAGUUCUCGAGUGAAAUGUCUGUCACUGCUGUAUUCCCCAGAGCACCUUGGCUCGGUAUGUCCAUCAGUCAUUACAUUGUGACAGGAAGCCCAGGAGCCACCUUCCGGUGUAUUUUUAUUUUUUUUGUCUUGCACGUGCGAGAGGCUCGGGUACUUCUUGGCUUUUUUUGUGUCCUGCUGCAUUUGUUUGUCUUUUUGUAUUUAUAAAAUAUUGGCGUGAAGACAUUGCAUUAAAUCAAUAAUAAAAAAAUAGCUGUUCAGAUCA